AUGAGUAGUGCAGAUGCAGAGACAAAGAACAUUCCAAAGGAAGACGUCGGAACCAUUGAAUUUCCAUUUUCUCCAGAUGAUUUGUAUCUCUACAAUUUAUCUGAUCCAAUUAUCAAUUCUCUUAAGUUGACAUAUUUCGAUCAUUUAACCAAUAAGGCAAAGAUUCCUAUUCAGAAGGAAUUAAAUGAGUUGGAGGAUGCCCAGAACAAGCUUUUAUAUGACAACAAAACUAAUAAGAAGAAAACCAAUGAUGGAACUGACGAGGAGACAACGCUAAGCUAUCUAAACUCUAGAUCUCCUUAUAUUUUCUUCAAAUCAAAUUUAUUAAAUUCAAUUAAUAUUAAUGGUGAUAUUUCUGAUGAAGAUGCCGAAAAAAUAGAUGAUGACAAUAGCAAUAGAAAUGAUAAUGUUAACCAAGAAGAAAUAAAAUCUUUUUCAAUAUAUAAAAACUUUUUUGAUCAAUCCCAAUUAAACGAUCCAAUCAAUACAUUGAAAUCUUUUAAAAAACAAUAUCACUCUGCUUUAUCGUCAAAGAAAACCAAUGAAUCUUAUUCGACCUUAUUUAUGAUUGGUGGUGGUCACUUUGUCGCUGCAAUUAUAUCCCAUAAUCAAUCUUCUUUGUCUUCAAAUUCAUCAAGUUUAAAUAACAUUUCCAAAAAUUUUAGAUUUAAUCUAAACAAUUAUGAAAACAAUUCAAUAGAUAACUAUUUACAAUCAAAAAUUCAACUUAUAAAUCAUAAAACUUUCCAUCGUUACACAACAAGAAAGAAACAAGGUGGUUCUCAAUUAAAUUUCGAUAAUAGUUCAAAUAAAAAUGUCAAAAGUGCGGGUUCAACAAUGCGUAGAAACAAUGAAUUGUUACUAAUUGAUGAUAUUAUAAAUUUAUUUAAUGAUUGGAAAAGUUAUCUUAAAAAUUCAAAAUCAAUUUACAUUAAAUUUAAUGCCAAUAACGCAAUUUAUAAAAAAAUCAUAACUCAUUUACAUACAAUCUUAAAUAAUAACACUUCAAAGAUUAAAAAUUAUCCCUUCACAACAUAUAGACCUUCAUUACAUGAAAUCAAAUUAGCUUGGAUUAAAUUAUCCUACAUCUCUAUUGAAAACUUGCCCAAAUUAAAUCAAUCUCAUAUUAAGAAACUAAAUUUAAUUAAAAAUCAAAAGGAGAAAGAAAAACAAAAAACAUUUCAAAAAGAUUACAAUAGUGAUGAUGAGGAUGAUAACAAUCUCAAUUCUGAUGAUGAAGAAAAAAUUAACGAGGACUACGCUUUGGAAUUAAUCAAAUUAAUGAAAAAAUCAAAGGCUCCAGCUUUUAUAUCAUAUUUACGUUCAAAUCAAAUCGAUCCUUCAGCUUAUAGAUUUCCUUCAAAAUUUACAAACGAUUAUAAAUUUACCCCAACUUUAUUACAUUAUGCUGCUCAAAAUAAGUUAUCUCAUAUGGCUUAUAUUCUAAUGAACAAUUUGAAAAUCGACCCAACUAUUACCAAUAUAAACAAUAAAACGCCUUGGGAUUUAAUAAACAAAACUGAUCUAGCAACAAGGAACUCGUUUCAAUUAGCUCGUUUCAAUUUAGGCGAAUCUUUUUGCAGCUGGGAAAGCAGUAAAGUUGGGCCUCCUUUGUCCAAGAAACAAAUCGAGCAAGUUAACCAGAAAAACCAGGAAAUUGAGAAGAAGAUACAGCUUGACGAGAAAAGGGAGUUGAAGUCUGUCUUAAGAAAAGAAAAGGGAAAAAUCACAGAAAAAAAACCUGCUCAAAGCAGCAAGAUUCUUCUUAAAACCAACGAUCUAAGUUCGCUCUCAGACGAACAGAGAAGAAGAAUCAUGAGGGAACAACGAGCAAGAGCUGCUGAGAAACGAUUGAAGAUGUUUAUGGAUUCAAAGAAAUAG